AUUUCAUGCCAGGAUCUGGGACCUUCGAAACAUAAAAAAAUGUCUAUAAGUUAAAUUCCCGCAUUGACACUUAAUUGACCGCAGUUGAAAAAAAGCGAUUUCUUUCUGUACCAAAUGUAGCACGCGGCCACACGCUAAAUGCAGGACGUGGUGAUGCGUGUCAACAGAGAUUCUGUGAUACAAACGACCCAGUUUGCGUGAGUAGUCUGAACAUUAAACACCGGUACUGUUUGCAAACAAACUUACGUGGAUCAGACAUUGGAUUAUGUAAACAUGCCAAACGUACGCACCAAAGUCUGGAACAUUGUUAAAGACAUCUGGUCCCUGAAGCCCGUACUGCUGCCUGUCCUGGUGACCCUACUGCCUCUGCCUAUGGUCACAAACUCUGAGUCUAAGGCUACACGAUGUGGAUACACUGUUAUAGUGAUGGCGGUGCUAUGGCUGACGGAAGCCUUGCCUAUACCAGUUACCUCCCUUGUACCAAUCUUCAUGCUGCCCAUGUUAGGCGUGUCCACGGCCAAGGAGGUCAGCAGCAGUUACGUCACGGACACGUCAAUGCUGUUUCUGGGGGGACUGAUUGUGGCGGUGGCGGUGGAGGAGUGGAACCUCCACAGGAGGAUAGCUUUGGCCAUACUCCGCCUUGUCGGCGCUCAACCCAAUCUCUUGAUGUUGGGUCUCAUGUUGCCCACCUGGUUUUUGUCGAUGUGGAUCAGCAACACAGCAGCAGCCGCCAUGAUGAUUCCCAUUGUUGGAGCUGUGACGUCACACGUUAAGUCUGUUGUAAUAGAAGGAGGAAUGGAAGACCCAGACGACCUUUGUCUCCUAGCAACGAAUGACAAAGAUGUACACGUAGAGAUGCAAAAAGGAGAGAAGGUUGUUUUAACAUCCGUCAGCAAAAAGUCGAAUGAAAAGGAAAAUUCAAAUGAUGUCAACAGCACCUCACAGAACGCGCAGUAUAAUCGCUCCCCUUCAAGGAGCAGUGCAUCUCCAGAUGCCCUCAGAAUGCACAGUAAACUCUCCAAAGCACUGGCCCUGUCCAUAGCGUACGCUGCCAACACCGGCGGCAUUGCCACCUUAACCGGAACUCCACCGAACCUCGUCUUUAAAGCAGUCACUGAUGAGGCUUAUGCUCAGGCAGGGAAACUGUACGACGGCCAAGAAUGGGACUCCGGGGUCAACUUCACUUCCUGGCUGCUCUUUGCCCUCCCAAUUUCAUUUCUUACCCUUAUUCUGGGAUGGUUGUGGCUUCAGAUGUUUUUCCUUAGAUGCAAGCAGCCCUGCGAUUGCUUCAGGAAAAUAAAGUCCGACCGAGACAAGGAGGUGCGAGAAAUCAUCGCCAAGGAGUUCAAGGCAUUGGGCAGGAUAACGUUCGCGGAGUGCCUGAUUUCCAUUCUGUUUAUAAGUCUGGCAUUCUUGUGGAUUUUCCGAGAUCCGCCAAAUAUCAAAGGUUGGGGAGAUUUCUUUCCAGGCAGAUAUGUGAGUGAUUCCACACCAGUAAUGCUUAUUGCUGUAUUGUUGUUUGUUCUCCCUGCUAAAGUACCAGCAAUAUUUUGCGCAAGAAAAACAGAUGAGGGUCGCUACACACCUUUGCUGACCUGGGAGAAAACGGCCGAGAAAGUCCCGUGGGGAGUGAUCGUCCUGCUUGGGGGUGGGUUCGCUCUCGCUCAGGCCAGCGGACGUUCUGGCCUGUCAAAAUGGUUUGGGGACAGCCUCGAGUUCUUCGCUAGUUACAGUCCAUUCGUGAUGUGCUUGGUGGUUAGUUUGGUGGUUGCUGCCGUCACAGAAGUCACUAGCAACACAGCAACCGCAACAUUGUUGAUGCCAAUAUUGCAGGAACUGCAUGUUAGCUGUAACAGGAUUCAAUAGAGACAAGUUCUGCAAUAUGCCUAUAAUAAUGCAUAAUCCAUAACGCACAAGGAGUCAUGACAGAUUUUCUCAGGAGACAAACUAAUUACGAGGAGUUAAUAUAAAUACUGGUAAAACAGAAUUUGUAAAUAGGACACAAGGAUGGCAAGAUUGUCGUUAUAAAACGGCAUCUUUUCUGCUGGAAUGAAAUUAUGAUUGUAGGUCGACCCAAAGUAAAAGUUUCUAUUUUUGUGGGGAGUGGAAGGGAACACGCGUUGCCAAUUAAACAAAAAAAAACUCCCAAAAAUCCAAACAAACAAAACCCUAAUACUUGUAACAAUGCUCCAGUGUUUUAAAUCAAUUUUAUUUAAAACUCAUUCUUACAAAUAAGUUGUUACUAAUUUUUUUUUUUUUAAUCAUAAACAUUAUAAUCGUGUAAAUACUGAACAACCCUCUCUUGAAAACGGAAAUCAGCUUGGGCAUUGUUCCUUGAUUGUGCUUUAGGGCGACUACAAUUUACCCCUUUCGACUAUUCAGGAAUUUGCGCAGACAUAUUUGUGAUUUUAAUUACGGAUUCUUCAAACAAGGUGUUCGUCCAAAAAACAAAAUUUUCUCGCUCUAGGUGGAAUUUAAUUAAUGAACUCGUGCAUUUAAUAUAUAUUAAAAUGUAGGUCGAAUGUCGCCGAUAGAGAUAAUUAAGCUGAUGAAAAAAAAAUGAAGCAUUUAAAGUAUUCAAUGUAUAACGACCACAUUUUGUACCGAAUAAAUGAAUGGUCCGAUAUUCAUAACCAUAAAAUCAUUUUGUUCAUUUUUUUUCAAGUUGUUAUCAAAUAAAAUUACCUAACCCAAGGAAUUUUCAAAAUUUUGAUUUUUGUCCAAAUUAAUUGCAGCUUGAUUUUUACAUUGAAGGCUAUGGGCAGCGAAUGUUUUAUUAAUAUAUUGUAAAAAGUAACUUGAAAUUUAUACAAUUCUCUCGGUGAAUUUAUGCAAAAACUUUCAAAUAGGAAUUAAUUAACUUGAAUCAUUUACUGCAGAUAUUUUGGCAAAAUAAAUUUUUUCCUCUUUUCACAAAGAAAAAAACAACUCUUCAAAAAAAGUUUAAGGUGCAAAAUGACUGGCUUCUUAUUUUGUCAGUCAUGUGAAUUUGGUUCAUUUAACUUUCGUUCUUAUCUAGCAAUGCAUAUUAAACUAAUUCAAAAUGAUCUAAAAUUGUCAAUAUUCCUUCAUUAUAUACACUGAAUACCUUACUAAAUAUCAAACGCUGUAAAUCUGGUUCACUUGAGAUAAACACGGCGUGUUUGCCUCAUGUUGAAAUGUCAAGAUCGAGUUCAAGGACAUCGGAAACCAAACGUAUGUCGUAAUUCUAAUACAUUGUAUACACAUUUUGUGCACCCAACUGAAAAUAGAGUUAUAUAUUUAAGGCGUAAUAUUGUGAUAAUUAUGCUCACUCGAUUGAAUUUAAAUGUGUACUCUUGAUAUUCAUAUAUAUAAUUUACAUUUUCCAGUGCCUUUGUCUGUGAUAAAGUGUUCAAUACAUUUCAUCAGUGACUAGAUGAUAUGCCGCUCAAGCGCGGAAAUUAUUGUAACUCUGUAUAUAAAUACGAGAUAUCAUGUGUAUUCAUAUUCUUUUUACGUCACCUGAGUAAACUCAGGUGACCUAUUGCUAUCCAUUUUCGUCCGUCGUCGUGCGUCGUGCAUUAACAAUUUUACAUUGUUAAUGUAAAAUUGUUAACAUUGUUAAUUUUUUUAAUUUUGUUAAAAAUUGUAAACAAUGUAAAAUUGCUAACAUUGUUAAUUUUAUUAAUUUUGAAAGAUUUCAGGCAAGGAGGUGGUCGUCAUUACAAAUUUAUAUUUCUUUUUACUCCAGAAUGAAACCUAAUUAAAUGAAUAUAUGAGACUCCUCGACAAGUUUGUGUAUGGGUUAUACAUGUAUGCUACUCAGGUGACCGUUAAGGCCUAUUGGCCUCUUGUUUGUUGCAGCUGACUAGAAAAAAAUACACACAUUUUUUUAUUUUAUUUCAAAUUGGGGAAUGAGUGUAUAGUGCGUAGUAUUUCUUUUCUAAAUUUUGUUCUUUAGCUCAAAUCUCAAUAUAACCCGCGUUCUUGGUUACCCCGUUAUGGAAAGUUGUAUCCAUCGAAACUAUUAAAAAUCCCACUAAAUAUAUUCACUCUUUACGGAAUCAUUCAAUAUUAUUCCAUUGAUCACCUCAUAACACUCAAAGAAUGAUUCCUAAUCCCUUAAAAAUAUUUGUUUCAACUUUGCAUGUAAUUUUUAUAUGUAAUUUAUGAAGUUGUACAAUUAUGUGAAUAAAAAAAAGGCUUUUUACAAUGUAAUACACUUAUUUUACACAUAUCUUGAUCAUGUCGUUUUAAUUUCCAUGUUUGUCAUGUUUUAUUCAUUUAUCCGCAUUUUUUUAUUGAAAAGUUUUGGAUAUGAUAUGUGCAAUUAAUAUGAUUAUAGAACUGGCAAGUCACAGAGGAAAAUAAGAAGUAUAUGAAGCAUCAUAGCAAUAUUCCAUUUAAUGAUGAUAUUAACACUGUGAAUAUAAUGUAAUAAUUCAAAUACGACUCUAUCAGGCACGUAGCAUCGUUUUUGA